UUCAAUUUCCAUCUAUAGCUCUAUUAGACAUCUCUUAAAUUUCGUAAACACUAUAAUUCUGCAUUCCUCCGAAAGUUUAUGGCUAGCACCAUGUGGUGGAGGUAAUCCAAUCGAAGCCUGUGUAGAUACCAAUAGAGGAUUUGGCUACAACUAUUGUGGAUGGCUCUUGAUCCUGCAACUCUUCAUUUUGCGUCAUUCUAAAGGUUAUAAUUUUAAACUCUAGUUCUUAAUGCCUCACUUGGAUCAUUGAGGGUUUUGGUUAUAUUUUCGCUGUGUCUUUGGGACCCCAAAGUCUACUAUUGAGUUUUUAACUAGAGUUUUGAUUUGUUGUUGAUUAAGUUUAUAGUUGAUUUUACUCAUUAAAAUCAGUAAAGGUGUGAGAAUAAAUGUUGAUAUCAUAUUAAAGUUUUUGAUGUGAUGUUGGGUGUUUAUGUAAACAUGAAUCAUGAUUUGUAUAUCUAGUUAAAUCUUUAUCGCAAGAGGUGCAUGUAUGGGUAGAAAAUGUCCUUAAUAGAAGGGAUAGAGUGAUUCUAUAGAUAAGCCAUUGGUGCAUGAUGUUAUUCAACCUUACCUUCUUAUAAAUAACGUACAUUUACCUUAACGCAUCUAUAAAUUGAGAAAACACUAAACAACUUUACUCCUCUUGCUUGUCAUUUGAAAGAAAAUCAUAAGACAAUGUAUCAGCCAAUGAGUAAAAUCUAUAAAAUAACGUACCUUCUUAUAAAAUAACGGGUUAUAUUUUUUUCGUUCAAAUCGUAUUUUAAUUAUUAUUAUUUUUGCAUAGAUAAAUUAGAUGGACUAUAAUUCUUUUUCUUGUUUUUAUGUUGUAGGUACCAUGGUAUAUGCCCUGGUGAGUUUAGUGUCUGUAAGGACUUGCAGUCAGAGCAUGUAGGCAAUGGACUAAAGUAUGGAGUGUAAUGCUUUGAGCAUUUAAUUAAGGAGCUAGCAGAAAUAUCCUGGUUGUUAAUUAAAAUAAUUGUUAUUUUCAUUAAACAAGAGGUGGCACUUUGCAUGAGGUGGCGAUUAGCAUGAUGUGUUAAUGAGCACGAGGUGGUAACUAAGGCCCCGUUUAGUAUCAUUUUGUUGCUGUUGUGGUUGCAGUGGUAUUGUGUAAACAGACGUACAACCACAACAGGAAAAAAACAGAAAACACAAACCUGUUUAGUUGGUAAAUCUGAAAAAUCAUGAAAGCUGACAACAAGAAACAAAAACGCGUAGUUACUACUAUAAGAACUAAAAACCAAAAUUUUCUCCAUUAUCAUUUUUCUGAAUCUCCACACAAUCAACAUCACCAUUUUCAACAAUUUUCUCCAUAGCUGAGGUAAACCACAAAACAAAGAACAUAGCAAUCAAUCCAGAUUCACAAAUAACUAAUCUAGCAAUCACUACAUACAUGCCGAAUUCAUGAACAUAUUCAGAAAGAAUAGAUUAACAUAAUACUUUGAAGAAGUCGAAAUUACCUACUGCUGGGAGAUGGAGUGAGGGAAGGGUUUGGGGGGGGGGGGGGGCUGUGUUUAAAAUAAAAUAAUUUUUUUUUGCUUCUAUGGGGAUUCGAAAACUGGUCUGGUUUAAUGAAAUCAAGUGCACAACCAGUAGGAAUCCCGUGUGCAACAUGUUCAAGAAACAUAUCCAAAGCAAUAAAUUGUUGUUUCUCAUAUUUGGGCCUUGUUGUGCAACUCUGAUUCACAACAGAAAAUAAAUACCCAACUAAACACGAUUUUUUUUCUUGGUUUUCUAAAUUGCAUAAAACAAAACAGACAACAAAAACAAGCAACAAUACUAAACGGGCCCUAAAGUCAGGAACAUAUAAGACAUCCUCCAGGAUUAAAUUCUUAGAAAUUUUCACUACUCCCAUGUGAGUAGCUUGAACUGAAUGACCUGUAGGCAAGGUAAUCUGCACAUUCAUGAUCUUUUUAGAGUUAAGAAAGAGGUUGGAUCACGAAUGGCAUGAUCUGUAGCCCCUGUAUCAAGUAUCCACACAGCUUCCUCUAGUACAUUUGUCUGAGGUAAAGUAGAUAGACCAUACUUGCCUUCAUCAUUCUAAGUCUUACUAAUGAAGUCAGCUGCAGAAUGUGCUGGAAGAGUGCUAGGUUGACUUGAUGAUGCAGCACUGCUUUCUUUUGCCUUGGAAAGAUUCAUGAGUGCUUCAUACUAGUCCUCUCCCUUGUCGAAGCCUCAAAGUCGAAGGUUGAAGAAACAACCAAAUCGAACACAACCACAAAAAUCAGCGUGAGGUCCAAAGUACCGCCUUCGGGUUUACGGGUUCUUAUCGGGUUUCGAGUUCAGAGAUAUCGAAACCGCUACAUCACUGUGUCAGGUUGAAACAAAAAAACCAAAAUCGACAAUGCUGUUACCGAUUCAGGUUUGGUUUAACCCAAAUACCCGAAACCAUUUUGAAACCCUUAGUCUUUGAUCCUACUGUGGCUGCUUUACUCCUUUUUCCCCUUCGAAGACAGAUUGGCGGCUGGCCAAGUUGGGACACCUUCCGACGUCGAUCAACCCAACUGAGCUCCAACCCUCCCCUUCUACAAAGGACUAUCUCUGAUAUGAGAACUUUGAAAACCUUUCAUCCUCCAUCAACUAAACUGGGGCACCCGCUUCAUAUCUUGAAAACCUUUCCCCCAAUCCAAUUGACCGCGAGCCAAGUUCACGCUGGCCUCAAUCUUCUUCUGCAAUCAAGCAUCAAACUCUCCUCUUCUAACUGCUGAUUGGGGGGGGGGGGGGGUCUCCUUAUGUCCUCUGAUUGAUGGAAUUUCGUUACCCAUAACUACUGUUGCAGGUCAAGAUAUGGCUAACUGUCUGUUACUGUUAUUGAAUUUUUGACGGAGAAGGCCACGUCAUCGGCCACGACAACGGCCACGUAGGAAUGCUUUUAGUUUAUAACUUCAAAACAUAAAAGUUUAGUCAGUGUUACUAACGAAAUUGUUAACAGAUAGUUAACGUUUGGUUAAUAAUUUGAAUUUCAAUAGUUGUGGCUAUAAUUCCCCGCUUCAUAAUAGUUGUGGAUAAUAUAUUGUAUUUACCUUAAAAUUUAAUAUCGAUACAAAUGAAACUAUUGUAAUCAUGGUGAUAUCAGUCUUAGCCACCAAUAAGAAUGACAAUUAUGUGGUACAUCGCUUUUUAAUUAAACAAGGGAGGGCAAUACAAAUAAUGAAGUCAACAUAUUUGAAAGAUGAAAACUUACAUUUACGCUACCUCAUUUUAUAUGGAGUCAAAGUACCCAAAAUAUAACCAAAUAAUCAUUUUAAAGAAUAAUUUGACACGUACUAGACCAAGUGGAUUCACAUAUGCAUUGCAUCCUACCUGUUGAAUUCAUAUUUUCCUUGAUUAGAGGUAUCGUAAGAUAACAAUAUGUUUAAAUCAAGGUAAAUUUCUUACUCAGAUUUUGUUUUAUUUAUGUUUUUCAUUUCUAUAUUAGAAGUAUCAAAUAUGAAGAAUCUCAGCUUUACUUAUUUAAUACAUUUAAAUAGUUCCACGUGUUCCGGGUACUUCAAUAAUUGGUUCAAAAAAUUUCAUGGUACCAUACUUCAAGCUGGAUUUGUGCAGAGUCUGAAUGAUCCCUCAAUUUUCACUCGUCAGACUGUCCACGGUAACACAGUUCUCCUUUUGUGUGUUGAUGACAUGAUUGUAACAGGAAGUGACACAGAAGGCAUUCAGGAGUUAACUCAAUCAUUGCGGGCAGCCUUCAAUCUCAAAGAACUAGGUGAAUCAUCUUAUUUCCUGGGAUUAGAAAUACAAAGGAAUGAAGCAAGUUUGGUUUUGAAUCAACGGAAGUACAUUAGUGACUUGUUGGAAGCCGUACAGUACACAGAAUGUUGGACAUGCUUGACUCCCAUGGAGCAGAACAUUAAGCUUAGCAGAGACCAUGGUGUAUUGUUGGAAGAUCAAACUUUUUACCGAAGCAUAGUAGGAAGCUUGCUCUAUUUGACACAUACUCGACCGGAUAUUGCUUAUGAUGCUCAAGUAGUAAGCCAGUUUAUGGGAGUUCCAUGCACAACUCAUAUGGACGCAGUGCAUCGGUUGCUGAGGUACUUGCAACGAACUAUGGAUGUCAGAUUGUUCUUUCCGGUAGAUGGUGAUUUGACUAUAGACGCUUUUGCAGAUGCAGGUUUCUUAGAUACCAGGAGAUCCACAUCAGGUUGGUGCAUCAAGAUUGGGCGGUCCUUUGUUUCAUGGAGGUGUCGAAAACAGGACAAGGUUUCCAAGUCAUCCACAGAGGCAGAGUACAUGUCAAUGUCAGAAGAUGGGCGUAGUGUGUCAGCUACCUAGGAGGAUCUAUGGAGAUAACAGAAACGCUAUACAGAUUGCAGCUAAUCCAGUACUGCAUGACAGGACAAAACACAUAGAGGUACAUGUUCAUUAUAUUAGAUAGCUUGUAGCAGAAGGAGUGAUUCAGCUUAGCUACUUGUUUAUAGAAGAUCAGACUGCAGAUAUUCUAACAAAAGCAGUUGGAUCGAGUAGACACUAGUAUCUGUCUUCAAAAUUGAUGUUGAUGACCCAACAUCAUUUUGAGAGAGGGUGUUAGUUCAUAGUAAUUCAUGUACUAUUAUGUAAUUUUCCAUAGCCGAGUAGAGUAGGGUUUCUAGAGAAACCUAUAUAUGUACCUUGUAUAUUUGGUGAAAAGGUAACGAAAAAUAAUAAGAAAAACCUGAGAGGGAGAUCCUCUCUGUAGACUAGUGUCAUACUAACGAUACCAUGUUAAAAAACUAUAAUGUUCUUUCAUCAUUCUAGAUUAUUUGACACAAGUAUGGCUGAUCCGAUCGGUUGGGACGGCGCAAUAGCAAACCAGGGCGGACUAUAUGGGUUCGGUCAAAAGGUGAGUUCGACUAGGGCCACAGUUUGAAGAAGAUCGAGUGGGACUGUUCAAACCCAAACUCCCACAAUUGGAGUUUCCUAAAUUUAAUGGGAACGAGGAUCCUUCUGGAUAGUUUGCAUGUGUGGAGCAGGUUUUCAAAAUUCAUGAGACCCGGGAAGACCACAAGGUGCUCCUUGCAUCUUUCCAUAUGGAGGGUGAUGCUAACCAGUGGUGGCAAUGGAUGGAUCACACCUACCAAGCAUCGAACAUGGCGAUCACAUGGCCGUUAUUAAAAGAGGAACUUUGGGCAAGGUUUGGACCAGCAGAGAGUGCGUCAAGUCAUGAAGCUCUCUCAAAUAUCAAGCAAACUAGAUCUUUGGGAGAUUAGCUCUUGGAUUUUGAAAAACUAGGGAACUGAUGCUAUGGAUGGACCGAGGAGGCUCUAGUAAGAUCCUUCAUUGGUGGACUUAAAGCCUAAAUUUCUUACACCAUUCGCAUGUUCAAGCCAACCACGGUAAGAGAGGCGAUUCGACUGGCCAAGAUGAAGAGUAAGGAGCUGUCUACACAUCAAGUAGGCGGUCAAAAUUUCCCUAGGGUUUCUAUGGAGCCGGCGGCCGAACCAACCCCGCCACCUUGAAACGCACCGCCUCAAAAUCCAACGACUAGGUGAAUGUCGCCGGAGGAAGUGGUGCGUAGGAGAGCUCAAGUUUUAUGCUUCCAUUGCGAAGAGCACUUCUCCAUUGGACACUGAUAACUCGGUAUUUGCACAUGUUUUCCCCUUUGUUUCUUGAUUGUUUGAGCUUGAAUUAUUGCGUCUUUGUCCUAUUUUAUGCUAGGUUGUAUUCCUUUGUCACAUUUCAGGUCCUAGCACAUAAAGUGGAGCAUAGGCGCAAGUUUCAAAUCAAUCAGAGAUCAAUUGACGAUUCAGGAGAAGAAACUCCGGCAUGACCUGAAGAAGAAUGGAUUUCUACCUCACUUUAUGGACAAAUAAUCAUGCAAGCUUGUCCUGAAAAGAAAGAGGACAAGACUACGAGCGUCUGGGAUCAAACGGGGACUGAUUCAGAGUCCCGACAAGGGAGAAACGAAGCAUUAAACAGUGGCUGAGCAAGCCACACGGGCAUCCUGGAAUUCCACACGGCCGUGUGGGUCGUGGCCGUGUGGAAAUCACCGAGCCUUCACACGAGCAGCUGGGAAAGCCACACGGCCGUGUGGCCUGGCCGCGUGAUCGGGAAUUUCUGUUUUAAACUCGAUUUUCAGCCAAAGGAAAGGGGAGAGCGGGGUUUUGGUUCCCAAACACCCAAGGGACGAACCCUAGAGAGAGAAAGCGACUUGGGAACAUUCUUGGAGCUAUUUUGGAGGAUUUCUUCGCCAUUGGAGCUCUGGAAUCAAGCUUGGAGAUGGAGAUUGAAGAUCUAGAUCAGAUUUCUGCAGUCUCUCUCUUCUCUAUGGAGCAACUUCCCUUCACUUAGGUUUUGAGGAACCCUAGUUCCAUAUGUUAGGAUCUUUCUUGUAUGAAGUUUUGGAUACUAUAUUGUUUGAUUAUAAUCGAUUGAGGCAUGAUUUAUAGAGUCGAUUGAAGCCUGAUCAUCUUCUCUUGAUUUUUGCUUUAACAUAUGAUAGAUAGAAUCUGAUUAGGUUAAGAGAGCUUCCUUGAUUGAUAGUGGUGAAUUGGUUGUGCGAGAGUCAAUCAAUUCACUGCUUUGUACUGGAAUUCAUUCCAGUAGUGGAGAUCUGUGUGAAUCGCUUAGCAGUCUAUCCCGGUGAAGGCUAGUCGCCUGCCGGGUAUUCUGUCUAAUAGGGCUUGGUCAGCUUAAGAGAUUCCAAGCUAAUUUAGGAUCUUCCGCAGUUUAAUCAACAGUAGAUCAACCAAAAGUAAUUGCAACUUGGACCUAAUUGAGGAGCUAGGGGGAAUCAUACUUAAGUGAGUUCUCAACUUGUAAUUAGUAGAGUAGUUAGUAGAGUAAUUUAGUAAAUCAAUCCUUAAUCUAGUUUGCUAGAUAAUGAACUGAAGCUGAGUAAUAGUAACUCUAGAGACCUGUGGAUUCGAUAUUUAUUACUUGUGCCACUAUACUACAGUCCCUUUCAUUGGUUACACUUAGCCAUUGUUAGGUGUUGUGUUUUAGCGUGUCAGACACCGUUGUGAAAAUCUUAAUGUUCUUAUUAUGGUGGGGCCGUGCAAGGAAGGAGAGGAAGGUCAAUUCAUCCACGAGGAAGACCAACCUUGAGGGUAAGGUUGUGCUUAAGGAGGGAGGAUUGUUACAAGACGAGGCAUCGUAUCAAAUGGGAAAUUCUGGGCUCAUCUAUUUUUAUUAAUUAGUUGGUAUUUUAUUUGGGAGAUUAAGCAUUGUUAAUUGUGUUUAUUAUUCAAGAAGGAUUUGGAUAGGUAUUAGUAGUUUCCUUGUUCAAGUAGGAUAUGUCUUAUUGUUAGUAGCUUCCUUAUUGGAGUUGGAAACAUGUUCUAUAUAGGAGAAGGUAGAGGCUUCCAUGCCUAUAAAUAUUUACUAGUUCAUUCGUUUAAUGUCAUGGAGAAGAUUGAACCCAAAUAGCUUUCUUAUCGCCUUUCGUUAUUUGCGAGUUUCCUAGUCUCCUCAGAGCGUUUAUUUAUUUCCUUUCGAGUAAUCGUUUUAGUUCGUUCUAUUUUCGAAGAUUAUUUCUUAAAGUCGUUCUCCUAAAUAAAUCUAAGUAACACAAGGAGCCGUCAAUGCUUUGGUCUCAGUAUGGAAAAACUUAUGGGCAUAGAUGCAAUUUGAUGGGUUGCAUAUGUAUUGUUGAAGUAAUAGUUUUGGUUAUAACAUUUUUUAUAUAUUUUAAGCUCUAUUGUAAUCUUAACUCUUUAAGUAUAGUCAAAUAGUAAAUUAUUUAUAAUUCAUUCAAUUGAGAUACCGGUUGUAGCAUGAUUUUUUCAAUCUAGAGCAACUUUUGGACGUCAAAAAAUAUACGAGACAACCACUCUACCAAACAAACUCACGAGACUACAUUUAUGCAAAACAAACAAUAUUAGCCUAAAGUUAAGACUAUCAUGGACAACAUCGCGCUUUCUUAUGUUUUCAUGAGUCACCUAUUACUCUAAUUAGAUGAUUGAAAUGUUUAGAAAAUACAAUCCCAAAAAUAAUAUUUGUCGACCAUUAAGCUACUCAUUUAAUUCUCUUAACUAAUUAAUGUCACUAUUCAAUUUAAAAUGUUGUGUUAUCUCAAAAAUUAACAAACCUAAAAGGUUCAUUUUCUUCUCAGAAGAUAUUCCUUUAAAUUAAAAUACACUUAUUCAUCUUACAACAUCGCAUCCAACCGCAAUGCGCUGGCCAAUUAUCCAGUUAGGUUUAAUUAGGUGUGUCUUUCCCCCACACCUUCUGAUAUGAAUAAUUGUAUUUCUCUGGCGUCAAUCAGAAUAACAAUAAUUUCAAUCACUCAUAUGUAAAUUAUAGUGAAAACAGUGAGAUAUAUAGUUCCUCGAGUAGUUUAACUUGCAGCAAGAAGAUUGUAGGUUGAUGCAAUUCACACACACGGUAAGAGAACGAAAUAAGUAGUUUAGUUCUUUUUGGUUCGGUAGCCCAUUAUUCCAUUCAGCAUGUAUGUAACAACAACAACCAAAAAGCUUCAAUAUAUAGCUUGACAGACAAUCAAAAUGCGCAUUUGCCGCCAUUCUGAACUCACAGUACAGUCAACUACCUGUUAGCUUCCUCAACUUGUCUGUUUCGGGCACCAGAAUCAGAGUCGCAGCCCAUCAAACAUUAGUCGCCGCUAGAGCCGGUUAAAGUGCAAUAUUAUUCUUAAAACAUGUCUAUCUGUCUAUCAAGUCCUCUCUUUUAGGCGAACAUAUUCCUGCCCAUAAAAUCAUAAUCUAAUCCCAUUCAUGUUCUUAAAAGGUACCCUAUGAUUCUACAAUUCGCACCUUAAUACUGCAAUGGCCAGAUUAUAGAACAUAACUAUGGGCGCUUCAUGGCAGAAUCUCAUUGUAAAAACGACAACUGAUCUAAUCCCUUCCCCACGAUGCGUGAUUCCCCAAAAAUGGAGUAGAAUCUGAUUAUCCAUUUUCAUUUAUGAUUUUUUUUAGACCUUUCACUCAUCAGCUUUAUCAAUAAAGAUGAAUAAAUGAUUAUCCUCUUUCUUUCUUUCUUUCUUUUCACAUCUUUGCGUCAUUUCUCUUGACAGAAAUCCUCCCCGUCCCCGAAGCUUAAUUGCAUUCACAUUUUGUUGUUAGCUGCAGUCACAUUUUUACUUUCACCAAAUUCUGAACGAUAAACACAUGGUUCAUUGAAUGAGAUGAAUAAUACUACGAUAUAUUGGAAACACUUAAUUCAACCUUUCACUCAUUGCACCCAUAAUAUUUGAUGCGAUUCUGGUGCAGCAGACCAGGGCCACAAAAUUUUCCCAUAUCGAGUCGACGAAAAAAAGUUUAAUGGCAGCAGCAGGGCAACAAGUUUUGGGAAUGCUUUCUGUUUUUGGAAUAUUAAUUAAUUAUGACUAUUCAUUGCCAUUGAUGUAAAGUGCUCGAACCACUUCCUGCAUAAACAAUAUAUACAUAUAAUUAAUUAAGGUUGCGCAUUUGCAGUCAUCCACUAUAUAUAGUUUAGCCACUUAGUUAGCUAGCUCUAGUGUGAUAAUUAAUAAGCUUUAAUCAUCAAAGUGAAGGAAAUUAGAGUGGUGCAAGUGGUUUAAAUGUCUUCUAUAGUGUUCGUACCUACGAUUGGUUGCGUUAGCCCCAUUUUCCUAUCUCUAAUUCGGCAAUAACAUCAUUAAUUACCCCCGACUAGCUUAAUGACACUACUCUAGUUAGGUUUUGACUUGCAAAUUGCAAUACUAAUUAAUAUAUUCCCCCUUUGAUUUCUCUUCCUAUACGAUAUUGGAGGACACUAUCAUCAAAAUGUAAUCGUGUCUCAUGCAUAUAUAUACUGACAAUUGAACAUCCUUAAUCCUUGGAGUUCAAUUGAACGAACUGUACUGUGGGAAUAGUAAUGGUAGGUGAUUUCUAGUGUCAUGCCUUCGUCUCUAAGACCUACAAGAAGCCCGCGUUAAAAAGUUUGUAAUGAAACUGGUAUUUUUUUUUCUUAUGCACUAGCAAACACAAGUCGUAUUAAUGAAUAAAUAAAUUUAUGUAUUAUGUAUUUUCUUCCUUUUACCAUUCCAUCGUAAUUUUUUUAUUUAUUUUAAACUUAUGUGAGAAAAUGAAACUUGGGAGAGUUUGAGAGAAUUCUGCCUCUCUAAGCCAUAAAAAUACAACUUUUACGGAUGUGAGAAGAAAUUGAUAAUAAUUUAUAAAAAUAUCCAAUAAAUAUAUAUGAAUUAUUAUUUAAACACUAAGACUUGUUUUCUCUCAUGUGAGAAUAAUCAUUUUUAAAACAUUUUUUUUAAAUGGAGCACCUUUUUGCAAAAAUUUUGGGAGUCCAAAUUGAGAAGAGCCACACAUAUGUCAUAACCUCGAUAGCAAACAGUAUAAAUAGAACCAAGUGGAAAAGAAAGUAAAACACGUCAUGCAUCAAUAACCUCCAUAGCGCCACACUACUCCCUAAAAUGCACAUCAUGACAACAUUAAACUUUCAAAGCACAUUGAGUAUGAAUCAUGCAUGGGACACUGUGUUAAAAAGUCCUCAAAUUUUAAAAUUUUGAGCAUAUCACCUAGGUUCCAUACUAACAUUGUAGGCCAACAAUCAAUCAUUCAUCCAAGUUCUUGGAGACCUCAAAUUGUAGAAUUUUGUGCAAGUACAAGGCUUCAAAGCAUUCUGGAGAUAGGUCAUUCAUCUCAUUUGCAUUCACUCACCAUGCAUUCCUAUACACAUUCAACCCCCCCCCCCCCCCCCUUCCCGAAAUAGUUAGGCAUACCAUUUUCCCCAAUGGAGCAAGAAUAUGGAGAAACGAAAUUACCGAACCAUUGGCGAGUGAAAAGUCGGACUGGAGAUUGGACCAGUUUUGAGUGAGAGAGAGCUUUACUUGGAAGAAAUGCACAAGCACAAACACAUGCUCACCAAAUGUGAGGAACAUAUGUGAUCACUUAGAUCUUCCCUUGACUUAUAUCCUUGAAUAACACCUUAAUCAACCUAUCAAUAUUUGCUUCAAGUUAAGGGCUUGCCACGGUUGCAUGCACACCUUUCUUGCGAGUCCGUGUUUCUCUCAUUUUCAUGCCCCAAUCAUACACCUUUUUCGUCAUUUCUUCGAAUAACUCCAUAAUUUGUGAGAUUGUCUUGUUAAGCAAGUUCCCUACAGACAAGGAAUCGAUGAGCAUAUGGUCCUCUUGGAAGAGACCAUUAUAUAAUGUUCCUAUCUUGAAAUAUUCAUCAAAACCAUGGCGAGGACAUUGAAGGAAGAGCUAGGUCUAUCGCUCCCAAGCAUCCCUUACUGUUUCAUCUUGCUCUUAAGUGAAGUGAGUGAUAUUUCUUCGAAAUUCUGCCAUCUUGGAAAUCGAGAAGAUCUUUCCAUGAACAUUGUCACCGAGUCGUCCCAACAAAAUUUUGAGAGAGGAGGUCGGUUGUUGAGCCAACUUUGUGCCUUACCACUUAGAGAGUAGGUGACAAGUCUCAAUAUAAGUGCUUCUUGAGGCUCUCCAUUCAUCUUUAGACCAUCCGUCAACUCAUAAAAUUGAUUGAUGUGUUCUCUUGGUGACUUAUGAUCAUAGCUGUGAUCGAGCUUUAAAUAUAUAAGUAGAUGGACACUUACUAGACACUCCUAACUAGGCCAAGUAUAACCACUCUAAGGAUGUAGUAAAGUGGAUCAGUCGUAUUCCAAGGUUCACAGUAUCCUAGGAUACUUAGCUCGAUUGUUAUCUAGUCAACAUGUUACUUAGCAGGUGGGCAGUUGGUGAUUUCUAAACUAAAGAUCGAUAGAUGAAAAGAGGUACUAACUUCCUCUCCCUAACUUCGGUCUAAAAUGCAAAUGGCUAACUAUGUUGGAUUUAUCGGAUAUGGUGUGUGAGCUCUCUAAUUUUGUUGUCAUUCGUCAUUAUCCCAUGCCUCCGAGUACGUCCCCAAAGACCCAUUGUCACCACAGUCAUGGCUUACGUAUCUGGGGGCAUUACGAAUUUAGCUCAUUUCAAUAGGUUCUACCUAUCAUGUACUAUGAAGAGUCGAUCUGUGCGCUUGAUUUGUGUAGUAGUUGGUGUAGUUGCAGAAUGAUUUUUUAAUCAAUUCGUUUCACAAAGUGUGUUAUAUGAUGUGACUGGUGAGACUAGAUUAGAUUAACGAAUAAGCACAGUGUUUAGCCACGCAGCUAUGUGUUUCAAUUAUUUAAGAAGGAUAAUGACAUUCUAACCGUAGGCCAAAAUGUUCCACUUCUCUGAAUGCUUAAAUCAUCAUUAAUUCUUCUCUUGCAAUGUAAGUAGUAUAGCAGAAUGCGGUUUGGGAAAUACAAACAGUACUUGGGAAGCAACGGUCGAUACGUCGUUAAGAAGAGAAAUCCAAUUCAAGACUAAAACAAACAUUUGUUUUUUAGCUCUUUCUUUGAAAAGGCGAAACUUUUUGCCAUCAUUAUUGGUGAGUUCAGACAACACUAGCUAACUGGAUUAGGAUGUGCUAACAGCAAAUACGUACCCAGUUCUCAUGCAGAAGUACAAAUACAAAAAAAAUUUAGAAUUCAUUCAUUAAUUAAUAGCAGAAGUAUAAUUGUGUUAGCGGAUUAGGCCCAUGCUAUUGUAUAUAGUCCAUUGUAUAUAGCCAUUAGGUAGGUUUGGAUGUUUGAGGAGUUGUGGUCGUGAGUCUAGCCCUAGCAGGAGUCUUGGAGAGCUAGGGCUGGCGGCAUCUUUAUAUAGGGCAGCUCUCACAUUGUAAACAGUCAAGCAAAGCAUAAUAAGAUUCAAGCUCGGAGAGUUCUAGCUCUCCCGUGGACUAGUCCUGAUAUCGGAGAAACCACGUAAAUCGUGUCUUGUGCUUUCUUCUUUAUUUUCGUAUAAGUCUUUCGAUAAGAGUGUUUUGAUACUAACAUGGUAUCAGAGCCUUCUGUGACCGAGAGGUCUUAUGUUCGAUUCCCGAUGACCCCCAUUUAUUAAGCACAUGGUAUUCUUGUCUUCAGACAUGUGCAAACUUCAAGCCCUUGUGAGUGGCGUUCGUUUGAGGGGGCGUGUUUGUGUUGUGGUAUAUGAUCCACGAUUGAACCUCUCCCAACACUCUUAUCGAGAGACUUAUACGAAAACAAAGAAGAAAGCACAAGACACGAUUUACGUGGUUUCCCCGAUACCGGGACUAGUCCACGGGAGAGCUAGAACUCUCCAAGCUUGAAUCUUAUUAUGCUUUGCUUGACUGUUUAUAACAUGAGAGCUGCCCUAUAUAAAGAUGUUGCCAGCCCUAGCUCUCCAUGACUCCUGCUAGGGCUAGACUCAAGGCUACAACUCGUUAAACAUCCAAACCUACCUAAUGGGCUAUAUACAAUGGACUAUAUACAAUAGCAUGGGCCUAAUCCGCUAACAGCCUCUCCCAAAUUGAUGCUGAUCCCGAAGCAUCAAUUUGUCAGUAAGAUAACAAUGGCGAGAACGAUGGAAAGGCUUAGUGAACAAAUCGGCCAACUGGUCCGUGGAGGGAACAUGUCGAACCACAAUGAAACCGUUCGCUACCAAGUCUCGUAUAUAAUGAACGUGAAUCUCAAUAUGUUUCGUGCGAUCAUGCAAUACCGGGUUAACGGCAAUCUGAAUCGCACUUGUGUUGUUUACGUGAAGAGUAAUAGGAGACAGACAAGAAAUCCCCAAGUCAGAAAGUAAGCGCUGCAUCCAUACUAGCUCAGAAGCAACAUCUGACAUUGCUCUGUAUUCCGCCUCGGUAGAAGACUUGGAGACCUUAUCCUGCUUACGACACCGCCAGUUCACAAAAGUACCACCAAACUGAACACACCAUCCGAUAGUCGAAUGACGAGAAUCAAAAUAGCCUGCAUAGUGAGAAUCGAGUAUGCUUGCAAAGUACAAUCAACAGCAGACGGAAAAAAUAUCCCGACCUCACGAGAACCCUGCAAGUAGCGAAGUAUCCUAUGCACAGCUGCAAGAUGAUCAACUGGCGGAUCAUACAUAAACUGACUCACCACAUGAACUGCAAAGGAAAUGUCUCGGCGAGUGUGUGUCAGAUAUAUCAAACUUCCAACAAUAUGAUGAUACUGCGACGGAUUAAGCAGGGGUACACCAGACUCACGACCAAGAUGGAGAUUGACUUCCAUGGGAGUAGAAACUGGAAUGCAAUCGACAAAUUGAGUGGAAGAUAAAAGGUCAGUAAUAUAUUUCCGUUGACUUAGGAGAAUCCCACGGGGAAAUCGAGUGAUUUCCAAGCCAAGAAAAUAGGAUAAAGACCCCAACUCCUUCAAUGUGAAUGAUGCAUGAAGACCUUUCUUCAACCGCUGGAUGCCAAGCACAUCAUCACCUGUAAUGAUCAUGUCAUCGACAUAGAUAAGUAGCACAAUACGACCCGUCGAAGUAGACUAUAAAAAGAGUGAGGGAUCAUUUUGGCUCUGCUGAAACCCCAGAGCUAAUACUAUUCCUCACGGAAUUGUCUCCCUUGGUCACUGUUCAUUAGUGCUAAAAUUAGGUGCGGCCGCAACCAGUGAAACCGACGGAGAAAACCAGAAUCCCCUUUUCUUCAUCUUGUAGCCUUUUUUUAUCAUCUUUAAUCAUUAUAACAAUCAAUGUCACCGUAUGGAUCACCCAAACAAAGUUACAAAGGUCAAAUUGACGAAUUCCCAUCUCUCAUAAUUCUCAAUAGCUGAGCCUGUAACACCCCGAUAAUUUAGAUUUAGGUUCGACCUUAAUACGUGAUCGGUUGGAUUGACGGUUACGUACUAAGAGUAACAUCGCGGAUUUAGAAUAAUAAUAUUAUAAUAAUAAUGAUUAUUAUUAUUAUAUUAUUAUAUCAUUAAUUAAAAUAAAUAAAAUAAAUAUCUAUAGAGCCGACCUGGGGCUGAGCGGCUCCUUCCCAAAACCCUCGGCCCCCUCUCAAUUCCCCCCCCCCCCCCAAAACCCCCGCGCCCCAAAUUUGGCCAGCAGCAGCCGACUUCACCAAAAUAACAACACCAAAUUCCCCUCCCCAAAAUAAUUCCCCCCGCCAGUAAAUCCCCAGAGCCCCCAAUGGCCGCCAAUUAAUCCCCUAACCCAUAAGCAAAUAAACCCCGCCAACAAUCCCUCGUCACGUUCCUGCUGCUCAUUGCGGGCGCGGACGAGAGGAAAAGAAGGAGGAAGCCGGCAGCCGAUCCCAAUCCCGACCCCGAUUCCGAUCUCACCACUUUCACGUUUCUAGCGGUGACGUUAAGGGUUCGAUCAACAAGGAGAUCAACGUCACCGGUCAUCCAACCUAGGCCUAGGCACGUUCUAGCAUUAGGCUUUUCGUGAGGGUAGAAUUUUGGGGUUUUAGCAUUAGGCUUUUCAGGCUUUUGGUGACAGAUUUUGAGUGGUCACUAAAGCUGCUGGGAAUUUCGAGAAACAUAUUUUUAGAUGUUUUAAUUUGUUUCGAGUCUCUAUAAAGUUUGUUUUCUUGAUCUAACAAUUUUAUAAAUUGAGUGACGUCUAGGAGAUGAUUGUAAUUUAAUUUGGGAAUUUUGAAGAUGUAUUCCUAUUUUUAGAAAUUUUUAGAAUAUUAUUUUUUAAUUAAAUAAAAAUAUUUCCGAGGGGUUUUUAAGGGUUUCAUAAUUUUCCAGGGUAUAGGGGCUCAUGAUUGACUUGAGAAAAUUAUUAUCCAAAUUUUUAAGAAGGUUCUAGUUAGGUGAAAAAUUCGUCCAAGAUAAAAAUAAUUAAGAAAAGUGGUCAUUUUUUUAGGGAUUAAUUCUAGAAAAUUUUAAAGGGGGGUUAAAGGACCUUUGGAGUGAGGUUUGAGGAUGGGACUUUGAGUAGAGGGUGUUUUGGUAGAUAAAAAGGAGGCUUUUAAAUCGAGAAAGGUUGUCUUAGAGUGUGAAUUUCUUAUUAAUAGGUUUCCCCAAGAUAAUCCGGCUAAGGAGGGGUUUCUUCGAAGAAGGAAUUGAGGAGUCAUCUUUUCGAGGUGAGUGUAAAGGGGGUAAAAUCUCUGUCGUAGAUCUUUUAGUUUCCGCUUUUCGUUCACGUUAUUUAAUUAGUUAAUUUUUUAGUAAUGCGCGGUAUGUGUGUGAGGCAUCCCACCGCCUGUAAGGGUGGAGGCACGCGUUGUGCUAUGUAUGAAUGUAUGGAUGUAUGAUUGUAAUAGUUGGUUAAUGGUAAGAGGAACCCCCGGGCGGUUGGGCCACUACUGGACGUGGUAGAUGGUCGGGUCCCUGCUGGACGGCGAGACGUAACGCAGCAGUUGAUCGAGUAUGUUGGGGUCACUACUAGACGGUGAGACAUAACGUAGUAGUUGACGGGCAUGGACUGGACAGGAGACGUAACGCAGUGCCAUUUGCCGAGUUUGGGUAUGCAACCGGACGGCGGGACGUAAUGUGGUUGACAUACUAGAGUAGGACACCGGACGGCGAGACUUAACGCGGUGGUCCUAGUGUUUUGUGUUUGAGAUAAGGAAAGAAGUCGAGAACUUUUAUGAGUUAAUGUUGAAAUGAGUUGAUAAGAAUGGUUAUUUAAGAGCAGAAAGCGAGAACGGCUUUCAUGCUAGGAAGGCUUUCCCCUAAUAAUGUGUUUUGUAAAGAGUUUGACUAGGGCAAAGACCUUAGGAAGUAAUGACGAGACUGACCCCUUCUCACUCACCAGGUGCAGAGAGGGGAAGAGAACGCGUCCAUCAAGAGGAGGUUAAUCGAGGAGAGCAGCCGCGGCAAACCUGAAGAUGACAACUGGAUCUGGGUAACGAGAUGGGGCCUCCCAUAUAUUUGUCUUUAGUUUCAUGUCUUAAUGAGUAUACUGGGAAACUCAAGGAUUGUGUUUUAUGUUUUGUUGCUCUGGAUUGAGGUAGCCCAAGUGUUUAGGGCAUUUCACUUGAAAAUCUUAAACAUUGUGGUUGUUGAUUUUUGGUUUUGACUUGUAAAUCGUUUUGGGUUGCUUCAGAGUAACCGGUUUGUGGUUUGAGUUGUGGGUUGGUUUUCAAAAAGGAUCGGGUCAUGUCAUUUUGGUAUCAGAGCCGGCAUUCCUCUGUUUCUUGGCCUCCAAGGAAUACUGGAGUGACGAUCUGGGUUUUCAAAGGUUUAGUUUUAAAGGAAAAAAGGGGAACUUUCAAGAAAAAUGGUUGGCCAACCGAUUUGAAAAGGUUUAUAGAGUCCCUAGUAUACUCAAGCAUGAUAAGACAUUAAUGUGGUUCUAAUAAGAGUACUACUUACUUGUAGAGCAAGUAACGCCAAUGUUAACCACGCGGUGGUUAGGCAACCCCUGAAUUAUGAGGCUUUCCGGAGGCGAGGAGUGGUUGAUUUUGAUGGGGACCGCUCGAAGGAUGCUAGUGAAGUAGAAAAAUGGCUGGCGAAGGUCUCGCGCACAUUGACUUAAAUGAGGGUGGAUGAUGAGGAUAGGGUGCUAUUGACGGUAUCCCUAUUCCAGGAGUUAGCAUACAAUUGGUGGUGCACCCUUCCAGCUAGUCAGGAAGACCCACCAGCUAUCACUUGGCCAGAGUUGGUGCGGGUGUUCCGGGAACACUAUGUACCAGAGGCCUUAUCGACUGAGCCAAAAGAUAGAAUUUUUGCUGAUCAAGCAAGGAUGGGGCAAUGAAGGAGAGGAGGGUGUUGCAGAGUACACCUCCAGGUUCGAGAAGCUGCUGCCAUGUGGGGGACCCCAGUUCCAGGAUGCAGCAUUUCAACGUGCACACUAUUUGGAGAGUCUGAAGCCUGCCCUUAAGAAGCAGUUGAGCAUGCUGGCAUGGACCAAUCGGGAGGAGAUUUAUCAGGCGGCUCUUUGGAUAGAGAGGGCGGACACAGCUGUGCAUGAAGAAGGGAUACAGCGAGAGAGAAGCAAGAGAAAGGCAAGUAGCAUGCCAGAGUGGUCCGGCCAGCCCAGUCAAUAUAGAAGGAGGCCGGGCGGUACCGUUAGCUUUGGGGGUACUCACAGUCAAACCAGCUCGGUCCGGCCUAGACAAACUUUCAGCACCAGAGGUCUCUGCAACCAAUGUGGGCGGGAUCAGUCAGGGUAGAGUAGGCAGCCCCCCAAGGUCUGCUAUAACUGUAACGAGCCUGGGAAUUUCGCUAGAGAAUGCCCCUGGAGAGGCGGACAGGGGAUGGCUCGGUCCGAGCUGUCUGUCCGGGGUGGUGGAGCGAGGACUCACACAGGACCACAGUUUGGCGGCCAGCCAAACCGCUCUUUCCAGAGCCAGGGAGGACGCACUGGGCGCUUCGACCGCACCGAUCGGACAGAGACCAGGGACCUCCAACAGGAGGACAUCCGAGGGUUUUUGCCAUGCGAGGGAUAGAAGGAGAUCGUGGUGACGAUGGAGGGGACGAGCAAGCACAUUAAUGUGAUCUUGAGAAGAAACGGGGAGACCGUGGAGAAGGAGUAUUUUCUUUAAGCAUGGACCACUAGUUGGUUGUUUUCUGUGAAAGACGCACUUUCAGUUUUAGUACUCGGUACCAAAUCUUUUAAAUUAGUUCAAAAUCUGUCACGUAAAGCCUGUUGCUAAAACCCCAGAAUUCUACCCUCACAAAAAAUCACCAAAUCAAUCGAUCUAACUCAAAUGGAUCGAGUUCCCUUACCUCUAGAACAUGCCUAGGCCUAGGUUGGAUGACCCGUGACGUUGAUCUCCUUGUUGAUCGAACCCUUAACGUCACCGCUAGAAAUACGAAAGUGGUGAGAUCGGAAUUGGGGUCGCGAUUGGGAUCGGCUGGCGGCUUCCUCCUUCUUUUCCUCUCGUCCGCGCCCGCGAUGAGCAGCAGGGAUGCAACGAGGGAUUGCUGGCGGGGUUUAUUUGCUGCUGGGUUAGGGGAUUAAUUGGCGGCGGUUGGGGGCUCUAGGGAUUUACUGGCCGGGGGAAUUAUUUUGGGGAGGGGAAUUUGGUGUUGUGGUUUUGGUGAAGUCGGCUGCUGCUGGCCAAAUUUGGGACGCGGGGGUUUGGGGGGGAAAAUUGAGAGGGCGCCGAGGGUUUGGGGAAGGGGUCGCUCGGCCCCAGGUCAGCUCUAUAGAUAUUUUUUUAUUUAAUUAAUGAUAUAUUCUUAAUCUGCGAUUGUAACUCUUAGUACGUAACCGUCAAUCCAACCAAUCACGUAUUAAGGUCGAACCUAGGUCGAACCUAAAUCUAAAUUAUCGGGCGUUACAGAGCCUCUCUAGCGCUAUUGAAUUGUACUGAUUAAUAUUUAUAAAAUUAUAUACUAUCAGUGGACUUACCUUAACAACACCUAGAGUAGCGCAAACCGGUAGACAUUUCUUACUGUAUAAAAUGGUUAAACUAAAGUUAAAUUAUGGUUUCAACACAAAAUAUCAUACCACUAACUUUUUCGAUAUAACUCCAUUAAGAUUUUACAGUCCUCUCUCAUAAUUCCAAUACCUUACCCUCCCUAGCGUUAUUGAAUCGUACUGAUGAAGACACUAUGAUUAAUACACUAUGUAAAAUUUAUAGCAAUAUUUAUAAAAUUAUAUCGUAUCAGUGGUCUGACUGAAAAACACCUAUAGGAGCCCAAACCGGUAGGCAAUUUUAACGGUAUAAAAUGGUUCAACCAAAUUUAAAUUAUAGUUAAUAAUUUUGUAACUCUUUUAAUUGUUAAAAUACUAAAAUUUUAGGCUAAAUUGCAAGUUUGGUCAUUCAAAUUGCUACAAAAUUUCAUGUUUGGUCACUCGAAUUCGUUUAUUCCAUUCGUAGUCACUUAAAUUAGUUGAACAGUCCAAGUUCGGUCACUCUCCGUUAACCUUCGUCAAACUCCAUUAGUGUCGUUAGAUAACUGCUGACGUGGCUAACAGAGAUGUCUAGUCACCAAAUUUUAACCCCAGAAAAAACAGAAAUUGAUCCGCCACGUCAGAAAAACAUGCCACAUCAUAUAAACAAAACCCAACCCACCCAACCUAAAAAAAACCAUUAACCCACCCAGAAAUCGAACCCGUGACCCAUCCACCCUUCUUCUUCUUCCUCUAUACCCUACAUCUGCCGUCACCGGGGGAUUUCCAUGCUGGACAAGAGUCGAGUUGCGGUAGCUGAAAAUGGUGGUGCCGCAUGCGACUUCUUAUCACGCGGCUGCGGCAACGAUGCCCCCUCCGGAUCAGUUCCCGGAAUCAGCGAAGGCCGACAAUAACAACAUUUUGUCAUAUUCGAAGCCACCGUUGACUGGCGGAUCAGAUGCUAGAGAUAUGGUGGAGUCGAAAGAGGAGCCCAGAUCACCGAUUAAAGAAUCUGCAUCCUCUGCUCAUUGAUUGUUUCUUCACCAUUAUCCCGCCCAUGUCGACACAAACUAGGAACUGUUUGGAUCUGUAGAUUUCGAUGGCUAUGGCUUGGGCGAGCUUUGUUUUCCCGAUGCCGGAAGCACCGUCGAAGAGGAAGCUUGCGAGGGGUCGGUUCGCGUUUCUGGCACCGGCUUGGGCACGACGAAUUGCUUGCCCGACUUGGUUGACCGCUUCAUCUUGUCCAAUCACGUGAGCCUUGGAGCUCCCCGGAGCCAGUCAUCGGAAACAGAGUCCCAAUUAAAGUCCCUUUAAUUU